AUGGCGGACAAAAUUAUCGUGGCUUUUGAUAUGUAUGGCACCUUGUUGUCCACCGAUUCCAUUUCCAAACAAUUGGAGAUAUAUCUUGGCUCGGACGCAGCACCAUCUAUUGCGACACUCUGGCGUCGUUAUCAACUGGAAUAUACAUGGAGACUCAACAGCAUGGAACAAUAUGAAGAUUUUGCAGCUGUAACGCGAAAUUCACUACGCCAUGCCUUAAAUGAGUCGGGCCAACAAUUAAAAGACACCGAGAUCGAAUCUUUAAUCAAAGCAUACGAUAGUCUACACACAUUUCCAGACGUAGGUCCGGCGCUAAACAGAAUUGCUAAUAACUCGAGCAUUCGAGCCGUGAUAUUCUCAAAUGGAACCAAAGAUAUGAUCUCAAACUCGGUCUUGCGCUCCGCAGAUUUGUCUAAGCACGCAAGUAUAUUCUCUGAUCUGGUCACUGUGGACGAGAUUAGGAAGUAUAAGCCCUCACCCAUUACCUACCAGCACGUUGCAAAGAAGGUUGGUAAGGAAUUAUCUCAAAUGGGCGAAAUAUGGCUUGUCAGCUCGAACCCAUUUGAUAUAGUUGGGGCGCGGACUGCUGGGAUGAAUGCAAUUUGGGUCGACCGAGCUGCGAGGGGGUGGCAGGAUGCUGCAUGUCCUGGUAUAGAGCCUACGGCGAUUGUACACAGCUUGGAGCAGAUCGUGACGAAGAUCAAUAGCAAGCACUAA